GACAAACUCUCGGAUUUGAAUCAACGAAUGAGAACUCUGUUCGCGUCUCUCAACCAAUCGCGAGACUUGUUUCCGGCCAACGAGUUGUUCGUGACGUCAGAGACGACACUCGACGCCGCGUUCGUCGCGUCCGUCGCUUCCAUCGGUUGUCGCGUCUCUAACGUGGACUUCAAGAAAGCAAAGGACGCGCGAAAAGCCGUCAACACUGCCGUAAACAAGGCGACAAAUGGGCGCGUGGGACGCCUCCUGCGCGACCCCCUCGACGCCUCCAACUCGUGGGCCGCCGUUCAGGCGUUUGCGGCGGCGCCCGAGUGGCGGACACCGUUCGCGGAGGAGCCGAAAAAACGCUCGUUUUUGAACCACGUUUCGUACGUUUUGCCGCCGAUGCCGAUUUCUGUCCCGUUUCUGCGCACUUCCGGCGCCUUUCGCGCGCGCAACGACUCCGCGCUGUCUUCGCUGACUCUCGAACUGCCGCUGAAGACGAACAACAGUACGAAGCGCUCUCUUCACGUCAUCAUGCCUUCGACUCCUCUCGCGCUGCAAAACCUGAACGAAAACCUGACUUUCGCUGACAUCGAGACGGCGUUCGAAAAAACGGCGAAAAGCGUCGCGCGACCGCUCGUUGUUGUGCUGCCGAAACUGAAACUCGAGUCCGAACACGAUUUGUUGGACUCUCUCUUCGCUGACCUCGACUUCAACGUGAAGGUCGACCUCUCGGCGGCCACGAAGUCGGCGACUGAGCAGCGCGUGAGCACAGCCUUCCAGAGGGCGAGUCUCGAGUUCGCGGAGACGAAGGGCGCGCCGAAGGAGGCGGAAGAGGAGGCGCGCGAAGAAGUGGUGAUUUCGCGCCCCUUUCUGGCCGUCAUUCGCGACGACGAGAGCGGCGAAUGGCUGUCCGUCGCGCGCAUACAGUCUCUGGUCGACGAAAGCGUCGUUUCUUUUCAAUUCAUUUAAUUUCAUUUAAUCAAUAAAUUCGGGAUUUUUUAAACACUUUUCA